UUUCAUGUGAAAAUAACAUCAAUUUUGACAAAAACGACAAAUUCCAUGAGCUUAUAAAUAAUAACACAGUGUUACUUUUAAAUCGUCGGAAUUCCAGCAUGUCGUGAAGUUCUAUAGAGGCUCCUUGAGUUUGGAAGUUUGCCGCAGUCCUUCUAAUCUCAUGUCAUUGUCUUUUGUGUUGUUUACAAAAAUUCUUCGUUCAUAACAUGCGAUGAAAUUGUAUGAAACAUUGUGUUUUUUGUGCUUAGUGCGUUGAACAGUGAUACCAGGUAGAAACAUGAUUAAUAGGAGUACAUUAUAACUAAAAACAAUGAUAGAUAAACAUGUCGAGAUGCCUGCGGAUAUUUGGAGCCUACUCCUUCAGGUUGACAAGGAAACACUCAACCAUAUUUCUUGGAAUUUUCUUCAUACUCAGUGUUACUAUAAUCCUGCAGCUGUACGCAUACAGGCACCACGAGCACCCGCCCCCACCUCCCAGUGUCGGUGACUUUAACUAUAGUCCAGGCACCUUCUUACGAGGUCAACAGCCCGGAAACAUAAGUUACUGUCUCUUCAACUAUGGCCUUCCUCGUAGUCUAAUAUGGAGUAAAAUCUCAGUACUUCCGUCCCCAGAAACUGGAAGUAGGAGUGAGUAUGGAGUCAUAUAUAAUGCCAUUCAAAGUAUCGUGUAUAUGAAUGUCAGCAAAGUUGACGCAGUGACGUAUGUUACUCAAGCGACGCCUGAAUUCUUGUACCAUAUCGUGGAAAUAGCGAGGUUUUGGGAUGGUCCCAUUAGCCUCGCCGUGUUCGUACCUAACUAUGACUUAGAUAUUACUAUGCAGAUAUUGAACCAUCUAUGCCACUGUUAUCCGAAAAUGGCAAAAGUUUCGGUUCAUUUAUUUUUCCCAAAACGAAUACUACCAAGGUUGAGAACGUUGCAAGAAAUACAGAUGGCUUUAACCACUACACCAUCGUCGACAUUUGAAUCAUCUAAUUUAAAUACUUCAGAACUGUUGACACAGAAAUUGCAUAAUUAUCGCAGCUUGAAUAACAAAAAUAGAGCACAAUACAUUCAGAAAGCGAGGAAAAAGAAAAUUCAACGCAUGAUGAUGAGGAUUCCAGGAACAGAACCCCUACCGCCUCACAUACAAUUCGAGGACUGUUCAGGUGCAGGUGCAGAAAAUGUUCAAACCUACAGAAAAAAUACAUUAAUGACGUAUCCAAUUAAUGUCGGUAGAAAUGUUGCGAGAAAUGCAUCAAUGACCAAUUAUUUCUUAGUGUCAGAUAUAGAAAUGGUGCCAAGUAAUGGUUUGGCGCCGAAAUUCUUGAAAAUGCUUAGAAAGUUGAUGGGUAAUCAAAGAAGAGAUUCUGGUUGUGUGUUUCUAAAGACAGUAUUUGUGGUGCCACUGUUCGAAGUGGAGAGAGGAGAAGUAAUACCUCGCAACAAAAAAAC